AUGGCUCCCUUCAAAGUCGCCGUGUACCUCUACCCCGCAGCAGAUAUCCUCGACUUCAGCGGCCCAGUCGAGAUCUACAGCAUGCGUCCGGCCUCUGGUGAUGCCAUUUUCGAGGUCAAAACAUUCGGGCACCACGAGCGUAUCACGUCGGAAAGUGGGACCAUGGUCUAUGUGCCCAACGGAACAUUUGAGCAGCUCGAGGCCGAUCUCCAGGACUACGACGUGCUCGUCAUUCCAGGUGCGCAGUUCGAAGUGUUUGACAAACUACUGCCAUCCAAAGAGGGUAAGGAGCUCACGGCACUCCUCCGCAAGUUCACGAGUCUGCCGCCUCGACAGGAAGCCGGCACGCGCAUCCUGCAAUCUGUCUGCACUGGGACCUUUAUCCUUGCGGCCUCGGGUGUGCUAGCUGGUCGGACCAUCACCACGCACCAUAUGGGGUUCGAAGAGUUGAAGAAAUGGGCUGAUUAUGCGGCGGGUGGCGAUUCGAAGGUCAACAUAGUGAGGAAAAGAUGGGUCGAUGCAGGCACCACGGAGGCCAAAGUACGGAUCAUCAACGGGGCGGGCGUCAGCUCUGGUAUAGAUACUAGUCUGUGGAUUUACGAGCAACUCGCAGGCAAGGAGCCAGCGGACUUUGUGGCCGAAAUCGCUGAGUUUGAGCGCAGGGGAGAGGCCUGGGGCUUCGAACCAGAAGCCGGGCGUACGGAAUUCACCACCAAUAUCUGCAAUAUGCCCCGACUAGGGUCUAAGAAGUCCCGGCAUGGGUGCAAACAGUGCAAGGCAAGACGUGUAAAGUGCGAUGAGAAUCGGCCGUGUGGCGCAUGCGCCAAAUACCGCGUCGAAUGUAGUCUACUGGAGGGCUCGCUAUCAGAGCGGGCGGAUGUGUCACGAACGCCAUCAGCUGGCUCGCCAAAUGGCGACACGAUGGACACUUCCACUACGGCCUCCGCGUCGCCACCGGCUGCAUCGGCAACACCAUCACUAACGUUCAAUCACCACUAUGAUCAUCUUCUGACAUGCCCAGAAGCAACCUCUGGGGGCUGGAUGCCAGACUUGGAGCUCAUGCACCAUUACACGGCACAUGCUUACAUGACCAUGCCCGGGCCGGAGAUGUCGAAGCAGAUCUGGGGUUAUGCCGUGCCGCAGGAAGGCUUCAAGCACCCAUACCUCAUGCACAGCAUCCUGUCAUUCUCGGCAAAUCAUCUUGCGUAUAUCAAUAUACCACGAGCGCAACAUUAUCGUAUGCUCGCUUCAACACACCAAACAGCGGCCCUGACUGGCCUGAACAGAGCGCUUGCAGAUCUCGGACCAGCAAACUGUCAUGCUCUGUUCGCCUCAGCAUCAUUGACCAUCAUGAAUGCCUUUGCAGACACUCAAACGCACUCGCGGGAGGCACUUGUGGACAUCUUUCAGCUUCUCCGGGGCAUGUCCUUUGUCCUCAACACAGCUGUACCGUGGAUUGAGAACGGGCCAUUUGCUGCCAUCGUUCGGUCAGCCAAUGGUGACAGCAAGCCAACAGCACUACUGUCCUCGUUCCUCGUCGAGGUCCAAGCGGCUGGGUGUCCGGACCCGAACGAGUCGCCUGAGAGCCAGGCCAGCCGUAUCAAGGCGGCAGAUGAGCUGCGGGAAGCGCUGCAGUACAGCAUCGAAACAUCGGGCCACGCAGCUCUACGGGCGGCGAUGACUUGGCCGACGAAAAUCACUGCAGAAAUCCUGGAAGUGAUCAAGGAGGGUUCAGACGCCAAAGUGCUUGACUUGAUGAGGUUGUACUGCCGGCUCCUCGAGCUUGCCAGCAUCGAGUGCUGGUUCCUCACGGGGGCCAGCAUCCACGAGGAUGACUCGGCCAAGGCCAAACGGGCCCACCAGGCCUGCCUGAACUGUCGCAAGCGGAAGAGCCGGUGCCUGCUCGACGAGCAGGGCACCAUCCCGUGCCUGCGAUGCAAGCGCGACAACCUCGAGUGCGUGCUGGGCGGCAGUAACCGCGGCGGCCGGCGCGUGCGCAAGAAGCGCAUCGACUCGGACGCAGCAGGCCCCGGCCUCCCCUCGCUGGCAGCCACGGGGCCCGACGACGGCAGCUUCCACUCGCUCGGGAAUCUGGGGACGUGGUCGCACGACGCGUCGCACGACGCUGCCGCCGCCCAGCAGUACGGCGAGCACCCCCACGCCGCCGGCUCCGACUCGUCCAACACGGACGAGCUGGCCUUCAACAACCUGCAGAACCCCUCGGACGCCCUGGGCAUCCUGGCCCAGGUCGCCGGCGAGACGAGCUCCAACGAAGAGAGCAACGCCGCCAUCAACAGCAGCAGUGCAGGCGCGGCGGCGGUCGUGGCCGGGCCUCUGGCCAUGCAUGCGCCGCCGCUGUCCUUCUCGUACCCGCUGCUCGACCGCGGCGUGCUGACGGUGCACUCGCUGUGCCAGCUGCUGGUGCGCUAUCAGCAGAACUACCACCCCUUCUACCCGCUGGCCCCCGUGCACGCCUUCGACACGGCGCGCAUGUCCGACAUGGUCCGCAAGGAGCCGCACCUGCUCACUGCGAUCCUGCUCAUCGCCUCGAAGGACCUCGUAAACGAGCCGCACAUCUACGAGGCAUGCACCGAGCACAUGAAGGCCCUCGUUGCCAACCUCGCCGCCGGGGGCGACGCGGGCAUUGAGGCUGUCGAAGCGCUGCUCUUGCUGGCCGAGUGGGCGCCCUACACGCAGCUGGGCUCGGCCAAAGUAGGCAAGGGCGAGGAAGACAAGGAGUCGUGGAUGCACGUGGGCAUCGCCCUGCGCAUCGCCUACUUCCUCGCCCUCGACAAGUACUCGUUCCGCUUCGUCGACAAAGACAAGGAUUCGCAGCAGCACAAUCGCAAGCGUCUGAUAUGGACUGCUGCCUACGUUUCCGAUCGGCACAUCAGCAUCCGCAUCGGGAAGGCGUUCUGGAGCCGUGGCCCUGGGCCGCUCACCACCCUCCGCCGUGAAGACUACCCUAGCCUGAUACCUACAAGCCCCAACAUUGAGGACUAUGCGUCGAUCUUCCAAGCAAAUCUUGAGCUCACCCAGCUCUUCUCUAACGUGCAUGAUACCCUGUACAGUAAUCCUGGCGCGUCCUUCCGCUCCAACAUGAGCGGCAGCUACAUAAAGUUCAUUGAUGAUUUCCGUUCUGCCAUAUACGGCUGGAAGAGCGUGUGGGGCACACUGACCUGCUCUCCACCACUGAAAGCAUGCCUCCUCAUGUCCUAUGACUACCUGCGCCUCUACACGAAUGCAUUUGCCUUCCAAGCCACCGUUCUCCGCGCGCUUCCCUCCGCCAGCAACUCCUCCGAACCUCAGUCCUCGUCGACCAACCUCGGACCCCAAGCUCCGCAACGCGUUUUCGUGAACAACGUCGGCGCUGUUGGCGACGCCCGCUUCAUCUAUGAAGGUCUAGAUGCCGCAAAAGCCAUCCUGACCACCGUCAACAACUUCGUCUCCCCCGAGACCAGCCUCCGCUUCAUGCCCCUGCGGUACUUUCUCUACCUCGUGCACGCCGGUGUCUUCCUCUACCGCGCGCGCUGCACUGGCGUCAUCUCCGGCGACGAGGACCGCGCGAUACGAAAUAUGAUCCAGGAAACCAUCUCACGCAUGCAGCGCAGCGCCGUCGGCGUCGAAGCCGGCAUCCAGCACCCCGGCUCGCGCUACUCGCAGCUCCUAAAACUGCUCUGGGCCAAAGUCCCGCGCAAGGACAAGAGCAGCCGCUCCGCGUUCCGCCACCCGGGCACCAGCGUCGCCAGCAACGCCGUCGACCACAACGGCUUCCCCGUGCCCCCGCCCACGGGCACCACCGCCCAGAGCCCGCGCACCAGCUCCGUCGGCACCGGCGAGAGCCCCGCGCUCACAGAGCAGAUGGGCGACUUCGGCUGGACCGAUCUCAGCGCCGUCAGCGACUUUGCGAUGCACGGCAACAACGGCAUCCCCGCCGACGAAAGCGCCCUGUGGAAUGGGUUUCUGCCGCUGGAUCUGGGGUGGAGCGCGAAUGGGUUUAGUCUCGAUGGCGUGGGGUGGGAGGGCGGAAAUGAUCUCGGGAUGUUGUUUUGA